AUGGAUAUCUUUGAAGGAAAGACAAAAGAUUCAGCAGGAACGUCUGAAGAGGACCAGAUGAUUCAAUUGGCAAGGCUAGGAAGACCAUUAAUAUACAGCUAUUUUGAUGUCAAACAGAAAGGUUCCUUCUCGACUCAAACAUCCUUUACAGGACUUGUUUCACUAUUGAAGAUUAAACUCUUUGGUGGAGCAUCUUCUUUCAAAGACAGUGAGGAGAUGUCCAGUAUUGCUGUUUUAUCUGUGCUCGUUUGUUUGGAUAUUUCACCGCAAUCAAAGAUCGCCUCUGAUCUUGUGGCAUCCUAUAUGGCAACAUGUAUUGCAGUAUCACGUGACAGGGAGUUGUUAGUUCGUUAUCCUUCGGAACCUUUAUUAGCAGAAGUAGCGUUAUCUGCUAUUACUGAUAACGAGACGUUGGUUUUUGUUCUUCAAAGAUUCAAUGAGAUACUUAAAAAGGGAUUCGUAGACGCUGGCCCUCUCAAACAAUUAAUGGAAUUACUGGAUCCUGCUGCAGUUGAUAACCUACAACAUUUUGAGGAUGCAACUCGUAAUAAUCCUGGUGCAGACAUUAUGAUCCCUGUAAAACUAGCAAAAGACCGAUACUCCUAUAUCCUCGUUCAAGUGAAGAACUAUGCAUCAAGUGACCGGAAUGCAGACAAGAGCUAUCCAGAGUCUGGUUUAUCCAAAUUAACUUCACAGUUCGGACAACUCAGAGAGGUUCCACCAAUCCGCAAGUCCAAGCGCCAAAAACUUAAAGAACAACAACACCCUUUUGCACACUUUGGAUUAAAUUUCUUCAAAUUUCUUGAUCCCAGUGUCAAAGAAGAAUUAGCAGACCUUUUGGAUGCCUUUAUUUCACCCUUUAAUAAAGCAUGA